AUGCUGGACAAAGAACAGGUAGAAACGCGUACGGCGACGUAUGACUCCGAGCGAACCAGUCCGCUGGGAAACUCGCUGGAGGAACAGGAGGUCUUCCAGAAGACAGACAGCGGCGUCAACUUCCGCAAUGUCGGCUGGUUCAAGGCGUGCGUUAUCUUCGUCAAGAUCCUCUUCGCGACGGGCGUGCUGUCGCUGCCCUCGGCACUGUACUCGCUCGGAGCCGUGGGAGGAUCGAUCAGCAUCGUCGCCUGGGGUGCCUUCAACACCUACUGUUUCGUGAUCAUGGGCAACUUCCGCUCCAGACACCCUCACUGCCACUCCGUCGCCGACAUGGCGGAAGUGGUGGGUGGUGUCAUUGCCAAGGAAAUCACCGGUCUCCUGUUCAUCAUCGCCUAUGUCCUGGUGACGGGGAGCGGGAUCAUCGGCGUCUCGACCGCGCUGAAUGCCCUGUCGCACCACGCCGCUUGCACCGUCUGGUGGUCCUUCAUCGCUGCCGUGGUGACCAUCGCCACUGCGUCCAUCCGGAAACUGCAGCAUGUGGGCUGGCUCACGUACGCCGGCUUUAUUUCCAUCUAUGCCGCCGUGUUCAUUGUGGUCAUCGGUGUCACGACGCGGGACCGCCCCGCGGCAGCGCCCCAGACGGGGCCAUACGACCUAGGUUUUGUGGCAAUCAAUAACCCCGGAUUUGCGGCCGGUAUGGUGGCAUCGUGCACUAUUUUUGUCUCCUCGGCUGGCACCAGCGCUUUCUUGCCUGUCAUGUCGGAGAUGCGCAACCCCAAUGACUACAAGAAAUCGUUGUUCCUGUGCAUGAGCCUGGUGACCGCGUCGUAUCUGGCCUUCAGCCUGGUCGUUUACCGCUGGUGUGGGAAAUGGGUUGCCAGUCCGUCGUUGGGGAGUGCAGGACAAACCAUCAAGAUGGUCUCGUACGGUGUUGCAUUGCUGGGGUUGAUCGUGAGCUCGACCAUCUACUUACAUGUGGCUGCGAAGUAUGUCUUCGUCCGUAUCCUGGGUAAGACGCGGCACCUGCAAGCCAGCACCAUGAUUCAUUGGGGCACCUGGUUCGGCAGCACCAUCUUCCUGGGCGCUCUAGCAUUCAUCCUUGCCGAGGCCAUUCCGAUCUUCAACUACCUGAUCGCCCUGGUGGGUUCGGUAUGCUUUGCGCCGCUAGCCAUGAGUCUCCCCGGUUGGCUAUGGCUUCAUGACCAUGGGAACUGGAAGAGGGGAUCCCUUGUGCAGAAGCUCGUAUACCUUUUUCACUGGGGCUUGGUGUUCUUGGGACUCUUCUUCCUCGUGGGUGCAACAUACGGUGUUUCCAUUGAGAUCAGGGACGCGUAUAGAACGGGCAUCAUUGGUUCGGCAUUCACCUGUCAGGACAACUCGAACUCGUAG